AUGAACGAGUUGCAAGUCCUCGGUGAUGAACAAGCAAACGAGCAAAUCGAAGUGAGAACGGCUGACAGCCGAGUGGUCUACUUGCCGCGAAAAUCGGUGGAAGAGUGUUCGAUGUUUUUCCGGACACUGCUCGAUGGACCCUGGACCGAACAACGGGAUAGAGUCGUGAACCUCACGAACGUGACCGCCGAAGCCUUGACACAAUGUGUGCAACUAUGCGAGAAGCUCGCCAAUGGAGACUCGAGCGAACACUUCGAUGAACUCUCACUCAGGACGACUUGUCGAGUGCUCGAUACGGCCACAUAUUUGUCAAUGGACGAGCUCGUGAUGCGUCUCUCCGAUACACUCAUUCGUCAACUUACCGCUGAUCGAAUCAUCGCCGUUUACAGGUUCAUUGAAAGGCGUAGCGUUCCACUUGCGCAUCAAAUCUGGAGCAUCAUGAUCAAGGAUUUCCCUGUUUUGUUGGAGACUGAAGAGUACAAACAACUAACAUGCUCUGAAAUGGAACGUUUGAUGCUGGAACCGAAUUUGAACAUUGCCACGAACCAAGAAGCGGCCGCUGUCAAAGGAUGGAUUGCGACACAAGAUUACGCACAAGCCGCAUCAUUUCGAAGUUUUGCCGAUGAGCACAUGCGCUUCAACGCCGAGGACAAAUCCCACAAUCUUGUGUUCAAAGCCCGUGUCCCACGAAGCAUUCUUCUGUCACUUGGAGGCUGGUCACCGACGGGUCCAACAAAUGUCAUUGAAACGUGGAACGAGCGAUCGAAGCAAUGGAUUCCCGCUCCGGUCACCAUGCUUGAACAACAUCGCGCAUAUCAUGGAUUGGUGCUUGUUGGGAGUCAACUCUUUGUGGUUGGCGGGUUUGACGGCACCGACUAUUUUCCACACACUCGCUCUUUCAACAUGGACACUUUGAAAUGGGAAGAUCGGGGAGCAAUGAACGAACAUCGAUGUUAUGUUAGCGCUUGUGCAUACGACAAAGAUCAUAUCUUUGCAGCUGGAGGUUUCAACGGGAGUGCGAGGAUGCGAAGUGCCGAAGUGUACAAAAUUCAGGAGAAUCAAUGGUGUCGAGUGGCAAAUAUGCAGCGAGCAAGAUCGGAUGCUGCCAUUGUGCGCAUGCAAGACGGGAAGUUGGUGUGUGUCGGCGGAUUCGAUGGAGUCGAGAUUCACAACACUUGUGAAAUCUAUGAUCCUCAUCAUAACACAUGGCACGAGUUGAGUCAACGAAUGAACGCCAGAAGGACGGGAGUCGGCGCUGUGUCCAUCAAUGAUCACGUGAUUGCUGCGGUUGGAGGCUACAAUGGAACAAAUCGCUUGAAGAGCCUCGAGUUUUGCGACAUUCGAGAGGGAAAAUGGCACCAGACGAGCGAUAUGUCAAUCACACGAUCAAACUUUGCCGUUUCGCCCUUCAGUAAUGUGGACUCUGGCUGGGAGCUGAUUGCGUGUGGUGGAUUUGAUGGAUCACGAACGACGAACAAGUGCGAACGCUUUGACUUCAGGAAUACGCGCUGGAGCGAUUUCCCCAGUAUGACACUCUCAAAAUCGGCACUUCGCGUCGUACACAUCAAGGAUCAUCCGAUUAUUCCGCUUCUGGUGAAGUACGAUGAAAGUGACGAGAAGGAGGACAGUGGUGUGAGUGAAGAAGAAAACGAGGGAGCCGCUGACGGAAAAAAGACUGUGUCCAAGGGAGCCGUACCCGCUGGCGAGAAGUCUCAGCGCCACAACAAGAAGGAAGCUGCUGCCAAGAGCAUCAAUACACCGCCCCUACCGAAGAGCCCG